AUGACCAACCCAGAAUCUAACAUCGUCUUAACGUGUAUUGCUCACGGCGCCACCAUAGACAAUGCCACCAUUUUCAAAUCAAUCAAUGGAAUUUUGCAAAAUCAAAUAAAUGAAUCCACAGUCAUUGACACAAAGACCCUCUCAGUGAGAGCCUUUGAUAUCUAUAUACAUACCAUGAUACCUGUGAGUGCUUUGAAGACUCUGUUCGUAUUUGAAGAUGUCGAUGUUAUAGUCCAACAUAACGACGUAUACCGUCAAAACAAGAAAUUGUUUGUUUUUGAUAUGGACUCCACGUUAAUUUAUCAAGAAGUCAUUGAAUUAAUUGCCUCGUAUGCGAAUGUAGAGGACCAAGUACGUGAAAUCACAAACCGAGCUAUGAAUAAUGAGAUUGAUUUUAAGGAAUCACUAAGGGAACGUGUUAAAUUGUUGACUGGGUUGAGGAUCGAUACUUUAUAUGAUAAGAUUAAGUUACAAUUACGUAUUACUAAUGGUGUUAAGGAAUUAUGUCAAUUUUUAAAGGUAAAGGGUUGUAAGCUGGCUGUUUUGAGUGGUGGAUUUAUUCAAUUUGCUACUUUCAUUAAGGAUCAAUUAGAAUUUGAUUUUGCAAAGGCUAAUCUUUUGGAGAUGGAUUCUAAUGGGAAUUUGACUGGGAAUGUGCUUGGAGAGAUUGUGGAUGGUCAAUGUAAAGCAGAUACUUUGAAACAAUUGUGUAAAGAGUACAAUGUGAAGAUUGAAGAAAGUUGUAUGGUUGGUGAUGGUGGUAAUGAUUUACCUGCAAUGGGAACAGCUGGGUUUGGGAUUGCAUGGAAUGCUAAACCAAAAGUUCAAGAAGUAGCACCAUGUAAAUUGAAUACAGAUUCUUUACGCGAUGUGUUAUAUAUCUUAGGUUACACUGAUGAUGAGAUCAAAUCCACAACUACAACUACAACUACAACUAUAUAG